CACAUUCUGGCGCGCUCGUGUCUGCGCUUGUCUGUGAGCUGUUUUGUGCCGCUGGCGUAUCUUUUAUUGAAAGCGCGCCAACUUAAUUGGCUGAAAGACCUUUAAGUUACGACUGACGCCUAUAGGAACAGUUAACUGUAUUGUGAUCUUGCUGUUCGCCCUAUCUUACAAUGGCAGCGUGGGGCGAUGGUGGAGGCUUCAUGCCACCGGACUCUCAACAGGACACGCCUCAGCGCAAGUUCGCAGGCCGCCACGACAAUGUUGUUCCAUGCACAAUAGCUCAGAUCCACAUGAUGGGUCAGGACUCUCUGACCGUAGGAGAUCUUGAGGUGCAAUAUGUAUCGUUGGUGGGACUGGUGACAAGCGUUGACCAGCAGAGCACUCGUGUCAACUUCACCCUGGAUGACAGGACAGGCCCACCGAUCGAAGGACUGAUCUUUGCCCAGGAAGAGGAGCAGCAGCGUGUCCUGAGCCACCUUGUGGAGGGAAGCUACGUUCGUGUGGUGGGCCCUGUGCGUUCUGCUGAGGGAAAACGACAGCUCAAGGCCUUCAAGGUUUUCCCAGUGACCGAUCUGAAUGAGCUGACACUCCACCUUGCCGAAGUGGUGCAUUCCAACAUGGCUCUACGUGUGGGCUUCACUCCCAGCUCAGUGAAGCAUGAGCCAAUGGACACAAGUGCCAACUCAUUCCUUGGAGCUGGUGCUGGUAAUUUGGGUUUGAACCAGCAGCAGAAACUGGUGUACGAAGCUAUCCGGGAGUGCACAACCAACAUUGGGAUAGGCUUCGAUGAAAUUUGCUCCAGACUGAAGUCUAUGAACAAGAAUACAAUAAGGGACGUAGUGGAGUUUCUUGCCAACGAAGGACACAUUUUCACAACCAUGGACGACGAGCAUUACAAAGCCACAGACUCGGCGUAGCCCUGCAUUCCACAACCUGUAUUUCGUUAAUGUAUACAAUGUUCAUUAUCUACUACCCACCAUUUAAGAAAAUGUAAUAGAUUGUGUUCUUGUAAAAGCUAAGGCCAUUCGUCCUGUCUUCUCGUAACAUUCACAGUCAGGUGGCAUUGCGUUGCUUUUCCCUGCUGGCAGUUUAAGCAGAAGGAACAUAAAUGUGAAAAGCCCCGUUGGUGAAAGCAGUGCACUGCAAUGUACGCUGCUGCAACAUUAUGAAAAUCAGCAGACCCUACUUCAUUUUCCCCAUGUGAUUUGUCAUCUGUUAGAUGGCAGCCUCUGAAUAUUCCCAAAUAUUCUUUUUGAAUACUUAAGACACAAAUCUUUCCUUUUAUAUAAAUCGUCAUUGAACUGUGCUGAAGGUAUUGAGCCUUAAUAAAACCGCAGCUUUACACGCC